UUGAAUAAUAUUUAUAUUAAAGUUAUUGUUUCUUGUUUUGAUUCUGCUGUAGAUCGACGUAAUUUCCUUUUAGCAAUGAAUGAUUUGGGUUUAGUUGAAAGCACAGAAUAUGUUUUGAUUAUUGCACAGUUGCAAAAUCAAGGAAUGCUUCAACAAAUUUCUUCUGGAGUAAAUGGAGUUCAAUAUGACAGUUUUUGGAAGCAAUCAGACGGGUCUAACGAUGGGAGGGAUGCAGAUGCUUUAAAAACUGCUAGAAGGUCAAUUGUUCCUUCUCCAUAUGCUCGAAGUUUGUAUGACACAACUUAUUCGUAUUUGAGAGCUUUAAAUUUAACAAAAGCACAAUAUGGCUAUUUAUCUACGGAUUUAGCUAGAAAUGGGACUUUAAUUAAUAAUAUGAGUAAUGGGGAAUUUAUUGGUAAUUUAAAAAAAGAGAAGGAGAACUUUUUAAAAAUAUUAGGUGAAACAGGAACAGUAAUACUUGAUUCAUUAGGAAAUAGAGAACCAACUUUUUAUGUUACUAUACUUGAUACUCAAGAUCAACCACAAGAUGUUAUUCAAAUAAGUAUUUUAAAUAGUAUUUUGUCUUUAACUAAAAAAUAUACUGAUGAAUCUGUUAUUUGGGCAAAUAGAGGAGGAAAGAGACCUUUAUAUAAACCUUUAUGUGGAUAUACUGGGACAGAAUGUCCACAAAAUAUGACAACAUAUAUAUUAAUUGGUGUUGGAUUAAUUCUUCUUUUGUUCUUUGCAACAAUUUCGGGUGUUGGUUAUGCUAUUAGGCGAGUUUUUAACUUUUGUGUGAAAUAA